AUGGCAUCAUCUGCCUAUUAUAAUAGAAAGGGAUUAAUUCGUCAGGUAAUAUAUCCAUUUGCUCCAUACAACAAUUUUGUUUGGAUACCGAGUGAAGAACUUUCUAAUGAUAGUAAUCCAAGAUUGUCUAAAACAAUUAAAAGAUGGAGUAAACUUGAACCAUCAGUUCGAUUUGGAGAUGGAGGAUAUUCAUUAAAUUUAUAUUAA